GGUUGUGAAACUAUACAUCAUGCUCCACCUGUAGACCCCCCAGCAGAGCCAUCAGAUCCUGGUUUUAAAACACCUGCAACAAAGGGCACAGUACUUUUCUAUUACCAGCACCAGCAGCCCUGUGGUGGUGAUAACGAUGGACCUGGAGCCAGUGAGCUCUUCGGAAGAAGGAGAAGGGGUCACAGUCUUGGGAGCUGCUGCCAUGCAGGCAUUCAGGGAUGUGGCAUGGCAAAAGAGUAAGGAAAAAGGCUUUGAAAAUGUAGAGCUUGGAGUCACCAGGACAGAGAAGAAAGUCCCAAGAAGAGUCAUCCACUUUGUCAAUGGUGAAACAAUGGAAGAAUACAGCACAGACGAAGAUGAUGUUGAUGGUCUGGAAAAGAAAGAUGGUUUGCCUACUGUUGAUCUGAAAAAGCUUACCUGGGGCCGCUAUUUAUGCUUCCACAUGCACCGUGCCACUACAUCAACCCUCUUGGUAUGUGACUUUCUUAGAAAGAAGAUUGCAUCUGUUUUUGGUGUGAGCAACCCAAGACACCAAUACACCAUUGAUAAAUGUUACCAUAUGAAGAAGGAGGAGGGAAAGGAAGAAGACAGGAUGUCUGAAGAAGUAGAAAAACAAUACCAACAGAAUGAACUCCAGGCUGAUUCCGCUGUUCAGACAGAUCAACCAGAAACAGUGAUAUCCAGUUUAUUCGUGAAUCUCAAUUUUGAAAUGGAGGAAGAUUGUGAAGUAAUUACAGAAAACAAACAAAAUUCAGUCUCUGUCCUUCCAUAAAGUGAAAUGACUCUCAAACUUCAAACCCUAAGGGGGUUUUUAUACCAGGAAUGUUCACAUUCUCUAGUCAGUGGGACUUAAUAUGUUAGUUAUUAUCUGGAAAGGGGAAAAUGUUUCUUUAUUCUUAGGCUCUAUCCAGCAAAAGUCAGAUCUGAAAUUUGGAUAUUUGUGUUAUGCUUUUACUGUGUGUAAAAUUAGUUCUUUGGUUUUAAAAUGAUUUUUAUAAAAAAAAUUAAGGACAUUUUUACAACCCUAACUUCCAAUUAAAAAGAAUUACAUUAUCAAGCUUGUCUGUUAUUUGUGUUUGUAAGAAAAAAAGUAGGGAAGUUGCUGAUAAAGGCUAAUCGAAGUUGAUUUUCCUAAUCUCAGAUGAAAAUGAGGAUUUUCCCCCUAUACAUUUUAUACUAUAUCUUUAUAUUUAUGUAUCUAACCAUUAAUUUUAUAGGAUGGUUCAUUGAGUGUGUAGUAAAAGGAGCAAGUUAAAAACAUUUUGAAUUUUCUUUCCUCAAGAAUAGCUUUAUUUUAUAGGAAAGGUGAUUGAGUUCAUAACACUAACUUUUAAGAUGGGAUUCUUUUUUUUUUUUUAAUGCAGGUUACUUAAUCUUGUUUUCUCUUUUCAGUAGUUACUCAAAUUAAAUAACUGACUUUGAACAUAAUGCUAAAAAUACUAGUUAUUGAAUAAAUUUAUCAAUGUACUUUUUUCAAGUGGUAAUACCUAGUGAUUAUCCACGUGGCGUCCUGGUUAUGAGCCAAAUAGUUGCAGGGAGG